AUGAACGCGGUCUACAAAUCGGGAAUGGAAGAUGAAAUAGGGCAAGGGCUACAAUUAAAAAGUCAAGACAAACUUAAUGGAAGGACGGCAAUUUCAAGUCACAGAGGAUCUACAAGACGAGGCCAAACAAUAAUGUAUCGGAGAAGUAAAUUAUUAAAGGAAGGUGAUAAUACUAAUGAAAACAAGAAACGUGUUGCGCAAAUUCAAGGUUCUCGAGGGGAUGAUAAUAGCGAAGGGAGUGAAUAA